AUAUCACCAGCUUUUUGCAAAGCUUGUCCUCAACAUAAUCUCCAAAAUAGAAAGCCUUGUGCACCACUCUAUUGAUAUUAAUAGGUCACUCCCAUUUUCUUACACAUCCAUCUCUUUAUAUUCUGGUUUAUUCUGUGAAGUUGGUAAUUCUUGAAAUAUUGAUAUAUAUUCAAAAUGGUAAAAGACAAAAUUCAGAUCAAGAAAAUUGAUAACGCAACAGCAAGGCAAGUCACUUUUUCAAAGAGAAGAAGAGGGCUUUUCAAGAAAGCUGAAGAACUUUCAGUUUUAUGUGAUGCUGAUGUUGCUCUCAUCAUUUUCUCUUCUACUGGAAAACUCUUUGACUAUUCUAGCUCCAGCAUGAAAGAAAUUCUUGAAAGGCAUAAUUUGCUCUCGAAGAAUCUGCAGAAAUUGGAGCAGCCUUCUCUUGAGCUGCAGCUGGUAGAGAACAGCGAUUACGCUAGAUUAACCAAGGAAAUUUCUCAGAAAAGCCAUCAACUGAGGCAAAUGAGGGGAGAAGAGCUUCAAGGAUUAAGUGUUGAGCAGUUGCAACAAUUGGAGAGGUCUCUUGAAGCUGGAUUGAGCCGCGUCAUUGAGAACAAGGGUGACAAAAUAAUGAAAGAGAUCAACCAGCUUCAAGUAAAGGGCAUGCAACUAAUGGAGGAGAAUGAAAGAUUGAAACAGCAGGUGAUGGAAAUAUCGAACAACAGCAGCAAACAUCCAGCAAUUGUAGUAGCAGUUGGAUCAGAAAACAUAUAUUACGAGGAACGUCAAUCCUCUGAGUCCGUCAAUAAUGCAUGUAACUCUACUAGUCCCCCACCUCUAGAGGACCACAGCUCCGAUACUUCUCUAAAGCUCGGGUUGCCUUACCCAGGUUGAAGGGAAAGGCAAAGUUAGCUAACAGUUAAAAGCAAAGAUCAACAUCUUCUGUGUGCAAUGUGGCUAACUACUGAAAUGUGGAAUGUAAAAGCUAACUCAAGAAAUGUGUAUGUGUGACUACCAACUAUUGACAACAGUUGGAAAUUGAAAUUAUGUCAUUGUAAUAUCACUUUUUCUUUGUGAAUGUAUAUAUCUUCGUCUCUCAAAUUUUUUAA